AUGAACUUGAGCAUACCUGGAUUAGACCUUAUAAGGAGCGAAAUCUCGGAGAUAAGAAGCGGGAACCUUCGUUACACAAUUGCUUAUCUGUCGAUAAAGGAGCCCAUAUCGCUUUCUGUAGUCAAGAGUGGAGGGAGGACCAAGAAUUUUGACUACAAGAGGAAAUAUACCAUAGAGGAGCUUCGUGAAACGUUCGAUGAGUUUUUGGGAGGCAUCAACGAGAAGGACCCUUGCCUUGUAGUAUACGAUUUUAUACACUUUGAUAAUGAUGGAAUUCAGAAGAACACGCUUUGUUUGAUUUCUUACAUCCCCGAGCAUCUCAUGCCACUUGAAAAAGUUGCAUAUUCCACCAAUGUCUUAAAUCUUAAGGACCUGUUGGAUAUCUCUGUUCAUAUUCCCAUAAAAAAGAAAUCUGACUUCAUCUUUGACGAUAUUGCCGAGAAGUGUGCAGCAUCACGAAUGAAAUAA